UAGAUUAGUCAAUUAGUUUAGGUAGGCUGAGCAGUCCUCAGCUUUAAGGCAAGACCAGUGUAUUCCCUUGGAGCAGAAGGAACACACCGGCCCUAGAGCUGCUGUCCUUACAUGAUGCAGCUUCAUGUGCUUGUCUUGGCCUGUCUUGCUGCUUGCACAGCUUGGGCAGGACACACAUCCUCACCACCUGUGGUGGACACCGUGUAUGGCAAAGUCCUGGGAAAAUAUGUAAGCCUGGAAGGAUUUGCAAAGCCUGUGGCCAUAUUCUUGGGAGUCCCUUUUGCCAAGCCCCCUCUGGGAUCCCUGAGGUUUGCCCCUCCACAGCCUCCAGAUCCAUGGAACUAUGUGAAGAAUACCACCUCUUACCCUCCCAUGUGCUCACAAAAUCCAGAAAGGAGCCAGGAGCUCAAUGAUCUCUAUACCAAUAGGAAGGAGAGCAUUUCUCUGUGGCAUUCUGAAGACUGCCUGUAUUUAAAUAUUUACACUCCUGUGGAUGUGAGGAAGAAAAGCAGUCUCCCGGUGAUGGUGUGGAUCCAUGGAGGUGGUCUUGCGGUGGGUGCAGCAUCAACCUAUGAUGGGCUGGCCCUCUCUGCCCAUGAGAAUGUGGUGGUGGUGACCAUUCAGUUCCGCCUGGGUAUCUGGGGAUUCUUCAGCACAGGAGACGAACACAGCCGGGGGAACUGGGGUCACUUGGACCAGGUGGCUGCACUACGCUGGGUGCAGGACAACAUCGCCAGCUUUGGAGGGAACCCAGGCUCUGUGACCAUCUUUGGAGAGUCAUCAGGUGGUCAAUCUGUCUCUGUUCUUGUGUUAUCGCCCUUGGCCAAGAACCUCUUCCACAGGGCCAUUUCUCAGAGUGGUGUGGUCUUCACUGCUGGCCUGUUCAGCAAGGACGUCAAGCCUGUGGCUGAGAAAAUCGCUGCUACUGCUGGGUGCAAAACUACUACAUCAGCCGUCAUGGUCCACUGCCUGAGUCAGAAGACAGAGGAUGAGCUGUUGGAAGUGACAAAGAAAAUGAAACUACUUGGUGUGGAUUUAGCUGGUGACCCCAGAGAGCACUAUCCCUUCAUUCCCGGUGUGAUGGAUGGAGUGCUGCUGCCCAAGACACCUGAGGAGAUUCUUUCAGAAAAGAAUUUUAAUACUGUCCCCUAUAUGGUAGGAAUCAACAAGCAAGAGUUCGGCUGGAUCAUUCCAAUGUUGAUGGGAAAUCCAGUUCCUGAAGGCAAGCUGGACCAGAAGAUGGCUACAUCAGUCUUGUGGAAGUUCCAUCGCUAUGUUGAUAUUCCAGAGAAACUGAUACCAGCGGCCAUUGAGAAGUAUUUAGGAAGAACAGAUGACCCUGUCAGAAAGAGAGAGCUGUUCCUGGACUUAUUGGCAGAUUUGAUGUUUGGCAUCCCAUCUGUGAUUGUGGCCCGUGGCCACAGAGAUGCCGGAGCCCCCACCUACAUGUAUGAGUUCCAGUAUCACCCAAGCUUCUCAUCAGAUUUGAGACCCAAGACGGUGAUAGGAGACCACGGGGAUGAGAUCUUCUCAAUGCUUGGGGCUCCAUUUUUGAAAGGGGGUGCCUCAGAAGAGGAGAUCAGCCUUAGCAAGACGAUGAUGAGAUUCUGGGCCAACUUUGCUCGGACUGGGAACCCCAAUGGGGAGGGUCUGCCCCACUGGCCAGAGUAUGACCAGAAGGAAGGAUACCUGCAGAUUGGCGCCACCACUCAGCCUGCCCAGAGACUGAAAGAUAAAGAAGUAGCUUUCUGGACUGAGGCUCUAGCCAAGGAAGCAGAGGAGAAGCCACACCAGAAAACACACAUGGAGCUCUGAAUGGAAGGCCUAACUAGUCUUAGGAAGCUACAGAAGUCAACACAGAUGUAUUUAAAGAAGGUGUUUGUUGAUUAAAGCUACAUCUUAUUGUAAAUCCUGAAGAAUUGUUUGUUGGGGGUUGGUACAGUCCAGGGAUGGGGGAUGUUUGUACUGUGGCCUGAAUUUGGAGAUAAAUGUUAUUUUUCUCACAAGCA